AUGUUGCCGUUGCUGUUAAUUCUACCUGCCAUUAUGGCUGACACAUUUUGGAUGACCGCCGAUUUGCUGAGAGUGGACUGGAGUGAAGGAUGUCUAACCACCGCCGGUUGUUCUCAUCCCAGGUUUGAGAUACUUGGAGAUAUGCUCCCAAUUACCGAAGAGAUCGCUAUUAGUUGGCCUAUUUCUGAGCAUUUCGUUCAGGACACCUCGCGCUCAUUCGUAUCCCAUUGGGCAAGAGGUAAGCCGGAAGAUUUGAAUCUCAGGUGCCAGGUGGUUGGCACCGAUCCUCUUUAUGGGUUUCCACGAGUCUGUGACCAUACCGCCUCAACCCGUGCCUUUCCGGACGGAAUCGACGAAAUAUUAGAAAGGAGGCGACGCCAGGCGACGGUCACGACUACCACUGCUAUGUCAGAAGAAGAAUUGGGCAAAAGGCUGAUUGAAGUCCGGGCCAGGUGUUUUAACGCUACCGUAGCUGUGGAAAAGCAUACAGAGAGAUGUCCAUGGUGCCCGUUGGAUGUGGCGCUUAUCGAACAGAGGCAGCCCGAGGAUCCUUCGUCUGCCUUAUCAACUUCGAUUUUCUCGCGAUUGAAAAGCGAUGACAAAAUAUUGUAUGCUUCCGUGUUGAUACUGGCAGGAAUCUCUAUUCUGGCAUCAAUGGGUUUCGCUUGUGUACUUGUCGCUCUUCUUCGACAAAAGAGGUCUCAUCGCCAGUUCACCGCUAAACCGCGCUAUCAACCAUACCCUCCUUCUAGUCGCAAAACUUCUGAAGAAGAGAAUAGAUACGAUAUGCCAUGGGAACAGACACUUCCGCUCACUUACUGUCUAUCCUCUUCAUCAAAAUCGACUACGACAUCACCGCUGGACUCGACAUCGUCAUUUGGUGCAUCGUCGUCGGUUAUUAAUCCAUACAGCUUCCGACCCGGAUCUAAAGUAGCUAUCUUUACGGUUCAAAGGCACAAAAGGCGAGGCCACUUACCUAGUUUGGAUGCUACCUCGUGUCGUACAUCGUCAAAAAUGACGACAAUUCUGAAGGAUAAAUCUGGCAAGCAUGUGCAGGUUCAUUUCAACUGGUAG